AUGGAUCUGGUCGCGACAGUCCGCAAGUCGGGGUCCCGGGGUGGCGUCAACUUCUCCUGGGAUGAAGUGGCAACCUCUGCACACCGCGAAAACUACCUCGGUCACUCCCUCAAAGCACCGGUCGGGCGAUGGCAGCAGGGCAAAGACCUGCAGUGGUACGCAAAGGCGGACGCCGGCAAUGCAGACCCCAACGAAACAGACGAGGAUCGACAAGCGAGGAUCCGCCGUGAGGAGAUACAGAAGAUCAAGGAGGCCGAGGAGGAUGCGAUAGCAAAAGCGCUUGGAUUGCCGCCACCGGUGCGGAAU